AUGCGCGGCAUCGUCCCAGCGCUACUUGGAUUGGCAACUGUUGCUUACAGCCACGGUAACCACCAAGGUGGUGCUGAUGUGGAAACCGAUUGGGCCACGAGGCACAUGAAAGAGGAACAUCACAUUGACACCUUCGACGCCGGCUCAUUCUUCGCUCUACACGACUACGACAAUUCUGGAGACUGGUCGCCUGAUGAAAUUCGCAAAACAUACGGUCUACAAGACCCAUCCAAUGCCCAUGUGACCGAGAGCCAAAAAGAAGCAUUGGUACGAGACGUCUUGAGCCAAUUUGACCCUUCCGGCACUGGUGAAAUCACCCGCGAAGAAUGGAUUCGUCAAACCCAAGCUGGUAAAAGACUACCCGACUUCGGAUACGGCCCUGGACACCAUGGCGAUAUCGAGUAUGAGUAUGAAAUCCAUCAUUUUGAGCAAUUCCACGGCGAAGAUGCCAAGGAGGAAGACUUGACGCAUCCCGAAGAUAUUGAGCAUUUCAAGCUGCACGACGAGUUGGAAUUGGCCGAGCAGAGACUGGGGCAGCUGGAGAGAAUGCAGAUCGUUGAUUCGAACAUUCCUCAGAAAUUUCUACGCAUUCAAUGA